AAUGCGGGAGACGGAGAGAGGGGCAUCGAGUCAGCCAGCAGCAGGGCCGAGCCAUCAUCUGCGCGCUCAAAGGUGGCCGCGGUGGUCGCGGAAGUGGUGGCGCCCAGACCCAGGCUCGCCAUGGAGGCGCCUGAGCUGGGCCCAGGGCUGGUGGAGCGUCUGGAGCAGCUGGCAACGUGCCCGCUAUGCGGGCGUCCCUUCGAGGACCCGGUGCUCCUGGCGUGUGAGCACAGCUUCUGCCGCGCGUGCCUGGCCCACUGCUGGGGGGCCCCGCCGGCGACAGGCACCGAGGAGACCCCCACCGCCUGCCCAAGCUGCGGCCGAACGUGUCCCCGCCGCAGCCUGAGGUCUAAUGUGAGGCUGGCGGUAGAGGUGCGAAUCAGCCGCGGGCUGUGCGAGAAGGUGGCGGAGCCAGGGGCCCGUGCCAGCAGACGCCGCGGGGGCCGCAUCCCCACCAUGGGCUGCCUGGAUCUGCAGGGAGAGGAUAUGAGGAAGACAUGGAGACGAUUUGAUGCCCCAAAGCCCAAGUCACCUAACCCAGAGGACGACCUCCCUGAAGAUUACCCAGUGGUCAAAAACAUGCUUCACAGACUGACUGCCGACCUGACCUUGGACCCAGGUACAGCGCACCGCCGCCUCCUCAUCUCCUCCGACUGCCGUAGUGUGCGACUGGCCCCACCAGGGACGCCCGCACCCCCAGACAGCCCCGCCCGCUUCGACCAGCUCCCUGCUGUGCUGGGCGCACAGGGCUUCCGCGCCGGCCGCCACUGCUGGGAGAUAGAGACCGCGGACACCGCUUCCAGCGGGGACUCUUCUGGGGAGGAUGAGGACGACGGGGAGUGCCGCUACGCUGUGGGCGCGGCCGGGGAGUCAGUGCGACGCAAGGGCCGCGUAGGGCUGUGCCCCGCGGCAGCCGUGUGGGCUGUGGAAGGUCGCGGCGGCCGCUUGUGGGCCCUGACGGCCCCGGAGCCCACUCCACUGGGCGGCGCCGGUCCCCCGCCGCGGCGCAUUCGCGUGGACUUGGACUGGGAGCGGGGCCGCGUGGCCUUCUACGACGGCCGCUCGCUCGACCUGCUCUUCGCUUUCCAGGCGCCUGGCCCCCUGGGGGAGCGUGUCUUCCCACUGCUCUGCACCCGAGAUCCCCGCGCCCCACUCCGCAUUGUGCCGGCCGAAGGCUGA